AUUAGGCUGUUCAGUGUUGGCCAAAAACUGUGUGGUGACCUACUUCGUAAUAGCAGGGGUUACGUCAUUUGGAUCUGUGCUGUCACAUAGGAAGGAGAAACGGCGUUUUGGGAGUUUACCAAUGCGAUCUGUACAUUGUGGUUCUGUACACAUGACAGUCGGUCCUGGAGCAAAUCUCCCAACCCGUUCCAUUUUCACGCAGUGACUCGACAAAUUUAUUCAUAACCUGACGGUGUUUGGUCGGUUCCUAUCGCGGAUCUACCCGCUUGGGCCUACCAACACAUUUCAACAUCACCCGUCAUUUGCCGAGCAGAAAGAACAUAACGUUCCAGUUACUACCAUCUUAGCCACGGUAUAGCUAACUAACUGAUAUUGGCAGCUGGACCUUUGUUAACGACGAAAAUAUGUCCUGUACGUGCACGUCUGCGGCGAGAUUACUCAUCAGUUCAGCACACAAAGGAUUCACUUGCUCUAGGUUUCAGCUGUUUGCUCUGAGUAGACCUGGCUCUCAUGAAGUUCCUCUUACACGGAGAGUCCCUGUGAGAUCAUUCUCAGAGACAACAGUCUAUUUUGCAUCAAAGGACGGAACAACAAAAGAUGGCUCUGGUGAUGCUGGAAAGCAGAAGUCAAUGAGUGAAGGAGCUGGAAAAAGAUCUGCGGGUUCAGGAGGUUCCGGAAAAGGAGGCAGUCAGCUCCGCUGCCCCAAGUGCGGCGACCCCUGCACUCAUGUUGAAACGUUUGUCUCUUCAACACGCUUUGUGAAAUGUGAAAAGUGCCAUCACUUCUUUGUGGUGCUCUCUGAAACGGACUCGAAGAAGAGUUUGAAUAAAGAGCCAGAAUCUGCUGCAGAAGCCGUAAAACUGGCCUUUCAGCAGAAACCACCCCCACCUCCAAAAAAGAUCUAUGCCUACCUCGAUAAGUAUGUCGUCGGCCAGUCCUAUGCAAAGAAAGUGCUUGCGGUGGCUGUGUAUAACCAUUACAAGCGCAUUUAUAACAAUAUCCCAGCUGGCCCGAGACAGCAGGUAGAAGUGGAGAAACAGACCUCCCUUACAUCACGAGAGCUAGAAAUAAGAAGACGGGAGGAUGAAUACAGAUUUACAAAGCUGCUGCAAAUCGCUGGGAUCAGUCCCCAUGGCAACGCCCUCGGGGCCUCCAUGCAGCAGCAAGUGAAUCAGCAGGCCCCACAGGAGAAGAGGGGAGGGGAGGUCCUGGACUCCACCCAUAGUGACAUUAAACUGGAGAAAAGCAACAUAGUGCUGUUGGGCCCAACUGGAUCCGGUAAAACACUUUUGGCUCAGACCCUUGCGAAAUGCUUGGACGUACCCUUCGCCAUCUGUGACUGCACCACCCUGACCCAAGCAGGGUACGUUGGUGAGGACAUCGAGUCAGUCAUUGCAAAGCUGCUGCAGGACGCCAACUACUCAGUUGAGAAAGCACAACAAGGCAUAGUCUUCCUGGAUGAAGUUGAUAAGAUUGGCAGUGUUCCUGGAAUUCAUCAAUUGCGAGAUGUGGGAGGGGAAGGAGUACAGCAAGGCUUGCUCAAACUGUUGGAGGGAACUAUUGUCAAUGUUCCUGAGAAAAACUCGAGGAAGCUAAGAGGAGAGACGGUGCAAGUUGACACAACUAACAUCCUGUUUGUUGCCUCUGGUGCCUUUAAUGGACUUGACAGAAUAAUCAGCAGGAGAAAGAAUGAAAAGUACCUGGGCUUUGGCACUCCGUCUAACCUGGGGAAGGGGCGCCGCGCGGCGGCGGCGGCCGACCUGGCCAACAGCAGCGGCGAGGUGGACACGGUGCAGGAGAUGGAGGAGAAGGACCGGCUGCUGAGGCACGUGGAGGCGCGUGACCUCAUCGAGUUCGGCAUGAUCCCCGAGUUCGUGGGGCGCCUGCCCGUGGUGGUGCCCCUGCACAGCCUGGACGAGGAGACGCUGGUGCGCAUCCUGAUCGAGCCCCGGAACGCCGUGGUGCCGCAGUACCAGGCCCUCUUCAGCAUGGACAAGUGUGAACUGAAUGUAACACCAGAUGCCUUGAGAGCCAUAGCCAGACUGGCUUUGGAGAGAAAGACAGGCGCUCGUGGGCUGAGAUCAAUCAUGGAAAAGCUGCUGCUCGAACCCAUGUUUGAGGUCCCACAUUCCGACAUUAUUGCUGUGGAGCUGAACAAAAAUGUAGUUCAUGGGAAAUCAGAACCCAGAUACAUUAGGACACCUGCUAAAGAAUCUGCUGAUGAGGACUACGAUUCUGGCAUUGAAGAGGAGAGCUGGCCACGGCAAGCAGACGCAGCCAACAACUGAUUUUUUUGGUCACUUAUUUCAAGAAAUUACUUAAAGAAGCAUAGAAUCCCAUCAUUUAAUAAGAUAAGCUAAGGGUUUUCUCACAAUCCAAGUAACUGAAUUGUAUGGAUACAUAAUCAGAAGGAACUAUGAUAGCUGAAUAAAAAGAUGAUUAUGUAUUUCUAUAACAAGAGUUUAUAAAGAGGACUAUUGAUUUUAGUUUGACUCUGCAAAACCGUGUUUCCACAUAUUGGAACGUAAUUCUUUAAGUGUUAGGAGGUGCAUUAACCCGGUGACCUGCUCUGUUCUUUUCUUGAUAGGGGGACUGUUAACAUGUUUAUCAAUGUAAAAAUUAUUUUAUUCUUAACAAACUAAGUAGGUAGUUUUAUUCUGAUUUUGAAAAUUCAGUCAAAAUGGUUUGGGAACCAAAUGGAUAUAGAUGGGAUCAUAAACUACAGUUCAACAAAUAGGGCUAGACAUUUUCAGCUUUAAGUUUUCUAAAUUUACAAAUUAAUUACAUGUUAUGGUCUUUUUGUUCAUUGAAGGGUUAAAUCCAUGAACUCAUCAAGUUAUUUGAUGUUUUUUUUUCUUUCAAAUAAACAUGUAUUGAUGUAAGACAGUUAGUUCUACUGAAAUACAAGUUUGAAAGGUCAGUUGCCUGAAGGUAAUUUGAAAGUUGCGAUUUUAUACACUUUAAACCAGCACACUUCACAGAACAAAUGUAAAUGGUGAAGUUUUUCCACCAUUAAGAAUGGUCAAGUCUGCUGCUGAAAAGGGAUUCUCAUGCAUAUCCCCAGAGGAAGUAUGUAUGCAUGUCUGGUGACAUUUUAAAGUAACUGGAUUGGAUGCACAUGCAGGGUUGAAAGAUCCAAACCAGCGUUUUAACACUUAUACCAAGGGAGUCUGAAGGCUUCAUUUUUCCCAUUGUGGUGCAGUGUUAUGUUUCUUCUUGGAACAUCCAUUUUCUUCUCAGUAUAAUAGCCAUUAUAUCCUUGUAAUCUUCAGGUUGAACCACAUUGCAGUCCUCAGCAAAGCCACAACAUGCUGGUUGAACACUGUAUAUUGUAACUGUACAUUCACUUCUGUUUCUUCUUGAGGAAACCUGGCUCUUUUUUACUCUUUAGUGACAGUUAGUUUGGAAAUUGCUACCUAUUCAUUUUUGAUCUAAGGCAUACAGGUCAAAAGCGCAUAUUUGCCCUAAAACAUU